AUGAUGAGCUUUGUGCAAAUAUCCUCCCUCCUCUGCAUCCUUGCAGUGGCUUACCCGUCCCUUAUUUUGGCACAGCAGCAAGUAGAAUUGGGAGCAUGUACUCAUCUUGGACAAGUUUACGCCGACAGGGAUGUCUGGAAACCAGAACCUUGCCAAAUCUGUGUUUGUGACACUGGGGCCGUUUUGUGUGAUGAAAUCCUGUGUGAUGACACCGACCCAGAUUGUGAAAACCCUGAGAUUCCAUUUGGAGAGUGCUGCCCAAUAUGUCCAUCACCUCCAAGUCCUACCCCAGCUGAAAGUGCAAAUGGAAACAUAGGACAAAAAGGAUCCAAAGGUGACAAUGGCACUCCUGGCAUUCCUGGCAGAAAUGGUGAGAAUGGCGGUCCUGGUCAACCAGGUCCUCCAGGUCCUCCUGGCCCUCCUGGAAUUUGCGAAGGCUGUGGUUCCCUAAAUAUUGGAGGAGAGCCGAACUACAGUCCUCAAUAUGACUCCAAAUCUGGAUAUGAUUUCAAAUCUGGCGCAGGUCACAUGGGGGGUCAAGUAAUGCCUGGUCAUCCUGGACCUCCUGGCCCACCUGGACCAUCUGGCCCUUCUGGACAGCCUGGACCUCAUGGCUAUCAAGGACCCGCUGGUGAAUCUGGACAGCCUGGACCACCUGGACCUUCAGGUCCAGCUGGACUUACAGGGCCUCCCGGUCAACCAGGAAAAGAUGGUGAGUCAGGCAGAUCCGGCAGACCUGGAGAACGUGGAGUGGCUGGAGCCCCUGGCAACAGAGGACCACCUGGCAUGUCUGGUUUUCCUGGUAUGAAAGGCCACAGAGGCAUUGAUGGAAGGGAUGGUGCAAAGGGAGAUACCGGUGCUCCUGGACUUAGGGGAGAAUCUGGUGGUCCUGGAGACAAUGGGUUACCUGGCAGUGCAGGUCCAAGAGGUCAACCUGGUGAAAGGGGUCGUCCCGGAUCUCCUGGAACAGCUGGGGCCCGUGGCAAUGAUGGAGCUCCUGGAAGUUCUGGUCAACCUGGUUCUCCCGGCCCCCCUGGUAAUGCCGGGUUCCCUGGUGGUCCAGGCCCCAAGGGCAAAGCUGGAUCUCCUGGUUCUCGUGGUUCUGAUGGUGCUGCAGGAUCUAGAGGUGAACAAGGACCCCAAGGCCCAGCUGGAUUAACAGGCUCUGCUGGUCCUCCUGGCAGAGAUGGAAAUGCUGGCGGUAAAGGUGAAAUUGGUCCUGCUGGUAUUCCUGGUGCUCCUGGUUUGGCUGGUGCUCGUGGACCUCCAGGUCCCCCUGGUACUAAUGGAGCACCUGGUUUAAGAGGUCCUGGGGGAGAAAGUGGCAAAGAUGGUGGGAAAGGAGAGGCUGGUCCAAGAGGAGAACGUGGUGAAGCUGGACCUGCUGGUGCUCCGGGACCUGCUGGAGAAGAAGGCAAAAAGGGGGGUAAUGGUGAACCAGGUACUAAUGGUCUACCAGGGACACCAGGAGAAAGAGGUACACCAGGUUUCCGGGGUCCCCCAGGUAGCAAUGGAAUUCCAGGUGAAAAGGGACCUGCUGGAGAACGUGGAGCCCCAGGCAGCACUGGACCAAGGGGAAAUUCUGGUGAAUCUGGUAGAGAUGGACUGCCGGGGUCACCAGGAAUGAGGGGUUCUACUGGCAGUCCAGGUGGUCCUGGAUCUGAUGGAAAACCAGGACCCCAAGGUCCUUCUGGAGAAUCUGGACGAUCUGGCAACCCUGGUCCACCAGGGCCAAGAGGUUCACCUGGAGUCAUGGGUUUUCCUGGUCCAAAGGGUAGUGAGGGUCAACCUGGUAAAAAUGGAGAAAGGGGUGGUCCUGGAUCUUCUGGACCACAGGGUCUUCCUGGAAAGAGUGGUGACCAAGGAUCCCAGGGUCCUCCGGGUGCAGCAGGACCUCCAGGUGAGCGAGGAGAAGCAGGAGGAACUGGACCACCAGGCUUCCAGGGUCUGCCAGGAACUCCUGGACCUGCCGGAGAGAAUGGAAAACCUGGUGAAGCAGGACCUAAAGGUGAAGUUGGCGCUCCUGGAACCUCAGGUGGCAAGGGUGAAAAUGGCAUUCCCGGUGAAAGAGGUUUGCAAGGUUCUCCUGGAGCUCCUGGUACUAGAGGUGGUACUGGUCCUCCAGGUCCAGAUGGUGGAAAGGGACCUGCUGGACCACCUGGACCCUCUGGUGCAAUGGGAUCCCCUGGUCUUCAAGGCAUGCCUGGAGAAAGAGGAGGUUUUGGAAGUGCUGGGCCAAAAGGUGAGAAGGGAGAACCUGGUGGCAAAGGUGGAGAUGGAUUACCUGGAAAAGAUGGAUUAAGAGGUCCUGCUGGCGCCAUUGGCCCUCCUGGUCCUGCUGGUCCAUCCGGAGACAAGGGUGAAGGUGGUCCACCUGGACCUUCUGGACCUGUUGGUACACGUGGUGGUCCUGGGGAACGUGGUGAAACUGGCCCCCCUGGUCCAGCUGGCUUUCCUGGAGCUCCUGGUCAAAACGGAGAACCUGGUGGCAAAGGAGAAAAAGGUGGUUCUGGUGAAAGAGGUGAACCUGGCCCUCAAGGUGCUGGUGGUCCUCCAGGUGGAUCUGGUCCUGCUGGUAACCCUGGUCCUCAGGGAUCAAAAGGAGACCGUGGUGCUUCAGGAUCACCUGGAGCAGCUGGUUUCCCUGGUGCUCGUGGUUUACCUGGACCUCCAGGUUCCAAUGGCAAUGCUGGUUCUCCUGGUCCUCCCGGAGGCCCUGGAAAGGAUGGUCCAGCUGGUCCAGCUGGCAGCACUGGUCCUCCGGGUGGUUCAGGUGCCGCAGGUCCAAAGGGUGAACCAGGUACACAAGGAGAACGGGGAACACCAGGAAAUCGAGGAGAACCAGGUGCUCCAGGUCCUUCAGGUAUUAGUGGUCCAGUUGGCUCUCGCGGUAUUGUAGGAUUACCUGGAUUACAGGGUAGAUCAGGAAGUCCAGGUCUUCCAGGCAGUAAGGGUGAAGAUGGAAAACCAGGCACCAAUGGAUCUCCAGGUGAACGUGGUUUCUCGGUUUCACCGGAUCAGCUGGUAUUAAUGGUGCCCCUGGAGAAGCUGGAAGAGAUGGUAACCCUGGUUCCGAUGGAGCACCUGGACGUGAUGGAUCACCUGGAGCUAAGGGUGACCGUGGUGAAAAUGGCUCUCCUGGUGCUUCUGGAUCUCCUGGUCACCCAGGUGCCCCAGGCCCUGUUGGCCAAGCUGGAAAGAAUGGCGACAGAGGAGAGAAUGGUCCUGCUGGUCCUGCUGGCCCUUCUGGUCCUUCUGGUGCACGUGGAGCUCCUUUUUCGCAGGGUACAGCUGGACAGCCUGGAGUUCCAGGACAGCCUGGUCCCCCUGGUCCACCUGGACCUUGCUGUGAUGGUGGCGGAGCACAUCUUGGAUCAUUUGGUGGAGAGAAAGGACCAGCUGGGGCCCCAUACUAUGGCGACCAAGCAUUUGAUGCAACUACCACUACUGAAAUUAUGACUUCCCUUAAAGCAAUCAACAGCCAAAUAGAAAACAUUAUUAGUCCAGAUGGCACAAGGAAGAACCCUGCCCGUAACUGUCGUGAUCUUAAAUUGUGCCACCCAGAGUAUAAGAGUGGAGAAUACUGGGUUGACCCCAACCAAGGCUGUAAAAUGGAUGCUAUUAAGGUUUUCUGCAACAUGGAAACUGGCGAAACUUGUAUAAAUGCCAAUCCAAGUAGCGCCCCACAAAAGAAAUGGUACACCAGCUCUGGAACUGAUAAAAAAUAUGUUUGGUUUGGAGAGUCUAUGAAUGGCGGUUUCCAGUUCAGCUAUGGAGACCCAGACCUUCCAGAAGAUAUAUCUGAUGUGCAAAUGGCAUUCCUUAGAAUUCUGUCCAGCAGAGGUCACCAGAAUAUCACUUACCACUGCAAAAACAGCAUUGCAUACAUGGAUGCACAAAACGGAAAUGUUAAGAAGGCUGUGAAAUUCAUGAGCUCUACCGAAAGUGAGCUCAAAGCUGAAGGAAACAGCAAAUUUAUAUACACUGUUUUGGAAGAUGGUUGCACUAAACACACAGGAGAAUGGGGGUCGAACAGUAUUUGAAUACAGAACACGCAAAACAAUGAGGUUGCCUAUUGUAGAUAUUGCACCAAUGGAUAUCGGUGGACCAGAUCAAGAAUUUGGAAUUGAAGUCGGCCCUGUAUGCUUCUUGUAA